CCCGCCCCCCUCUACCACCUCCUACUCCUUCUCCUCCUCCUCUUCCCCCUCCUCCUCCCGCAUUUCCUCCCCCAUGUCACAUACACCAACGCCCCCCCUCAGGAGUUCUGCAUCCAGACCACACAUCAUCACCAACACGACGUCUUCACCUCACUCUCACUCCAUCACCCUUCUCCGGGUGCCACUUCGGAGGACCCUCCUCCUCCUCAUCCUCUUCCUCCGCUCCUCCUACCGCCGACGCCCCUGGCACUCCAGCAGCAGCAGCAGGAGUCGGAGGAGAAGUCGCUGCUGGCGGCGGCUGAGGAGUUCUACCAUUCCGGGUCGCAGCUGGUAGACCCCGGAGCGUGGGAAGGGGUCGUGGUGUCACCCGACACCGCCAACGUUCCCCAGCAGUCUCUGAGUCUGUACAGUUGUUCGCCGGGCAUCGCCACGCCGUCGCCCGGAUCCACCCGCACGCCCGAGACGUCUCACAUCGACCCUCUUGCUCCUCCUCCUCCCCCUCCCAGCCUCCUCGUCCCCCACACCGAGGCUCUCAACACCGUCAACGUCACUCUGGAGGACCUGUGUCUGGCGUCGGCACAGACCUACCAGGCGCCGCCCGAGUACACCCAGGCCUUCCAGGAUUUCGUCUACCCCAUCACCACUCAGGUUUCAGUUGACGCCCAACAACACGCUUCUUCUUCUUCGUCGUCGUCGCCGUCGUUCUUCCAGCUGGCCCCUGCGACUGCUACUGCUACUGCUACCUCAGAGGAGGUCGCCGGCGAUUGGUCGAGCAUCGGCGGCGCCACGGUAGGGCUCGAAUGCUGGAGCCGGGAGCACCUGCAGCAAGUGUGCUCCGAUCUCUCCAUCCCCAACCAGGCCGUCACGUGCUCCUGGGUUCCUCCCCAGCAGCCGAGGGACGUCGCUCCCGGCAGUGGCGGCAUUGUCAUCUGGCCGUCCUCGCAGCAGCAGGCGCUGCAGACGGCCGUGCUCUCUCCCGUCGUACCUGAAACACUCAGCCCGGCCAGCCAGGAGGUCGCCCAGGUCGAGGGGGCCACGUUAGUCCCCCUCCUCCAAAGUCGCCGGCGCCCCCGUUCCGCGUCCCGCUCGCCCCUCAAUACUUCUUCUUCUUCGUCUUCGUCAGCAGCGGCGGCGGCGAUCACCAUCGGGGCCCUGAGCCCCCCUACGACCCGACAGAGAUCGGACCUGCUGCUGCCCCCCAGGUCUCCGCUGACGGGCAGCGCGUCCUUCUUCUCCGCCUCGGCAGCCGCUGCAGCAUCAGCAGACGAAAGCCGCUGCCUGCGACGCAGGCGUUGGCAGCAGCACCAGCGCCAGCAGAACCCUCGGUUCCUUCAGCAUCAGCACCAGCAGCAGGAGAGGCGAGGGGAGGGGCAGAGGAAGGAAGAGGAGGCUCAGGAGGAGGAGGAGGAGGGGGAGAGGGAAGAGGGGGACCAGUACCCGUCGGAAAAGGGCGAUGAAGGGAGAGCAGGAGCGCGGCGGUGGGGGCGUGGUGAGUGGAAGAGGAGGUGGUCGCUGGGGCAACCGGGCUUCACACACAGUGAGGUGGGGAUAGAGGAGUAUCCCAUGGACAGUGAGGCGGCGGCGGCGGGAUCCGGACGGCGGCCGUUCGAAUCCGGGGGGCGAAGUUCCCCCCCAACGAAAGGAAAGUCUCACUCGCCCUUCCCCAGCGCCCCCAGAGGGCCACCGCCGGACGAGGAGGAGGAGGAGGAGGAGGAGGAAGACCUACUACGACGUCAGGAGUCGCCUCCUCGUCACCACACCACUCGAGAUGACGACGACGUCGUCGGCGACGUCGCAGGAGGAGGAGGAAGAAGAGGAAGAGGGGAUGACGCUUAUAGCAUCGACGAGGCAGAAGCAGAAGCAGAAACAGCAGAAGAAGCAGAAGCGAACAGAGUCUGCGUCCCGCCAGAUCCCCGCGAAUGGAACGCGAACCACAUUUCCUCGUGGUUGAAGUGGUUUAAGAAGGAAUUUCGCAUCAAAGCCAAAAUAGACAGUAAGGAUCUCCCAGACACAGGCUGCGACCUGUGCCGGAUGACGCGGCGGAAGCUGCGGAAGAUCGCCGGCCGGAGAGGAGGCCGCCUCUUGGCCGAGCACCUCGAUAUCUGCCUCCAGCGCUUCGGAGCGACCUUGCCCAUCCACGACCCGAAUGACGACCGUACGAAAACGGACGACGAUGAAGCGUCCGACGACGAUGACGACGACGACGACGAUGAUGACAUGGACCCGUAUGAACUCCUGGGCCCAAGAUCAUCCCGCCUCGCAGCACAAGGCUCAGGCCAGAUCCAGCUGUGGCAGUUCCUCCUGGAAUUGCUGUCAGAUCCCGCCAACGCUGCAGUCAUCACAUGGGAGGGAACAGCGGGCGAAUUCAAGAUCCUCGAUCCGGAUGAAGUCGCAAGAAGGUGGGGGGAGAGGAAAUCAAAGCCCAACAUGAACUACGACAAGUUGUCUCGUGCCCUCAGAUAUUACUAUGACAAAAACAUCAUGACAAAAGUUCACGGAAAACGCUACGCAUACAAGUUCGACUUCCGAGGUUUGGACCAGGUGCGACAACAACAGAGCGCUGAAGCUCAGAGAUACCCACCAGACCUCAGUUUCCUCACAAGUUACUCGCACUUGCUGGGUGGUUCUUCCCCGCUUGCUAGCAGUUCCUUCACAUCUUCAGCAUCCCACCCUCCACCACCCUUAUUGUCUCCACCGCCUUACUGGGCAGCAGUAUCAUCUGUAUCGUCAGCAGCCGCUCUCGCUACGUCAUCGCCGUUGGCAACUUCAUCUCCGCUGGCUACUUCCUCGCCCCUGGCUACAUCGCCACCCCUGGCACUCCAUGCUGCACCUUUAGUCUCCCCUCUCAGCUCUCCGCCUCCCGAUGCCUCUCCAGCAACCACAUCGAGCUCAAGAGUACUUCCUCACUAUCCGUACACAUCAUGAAUCCAAAGAACUUGUCAGAUUGCAACAAUACCUACAUUAGGUUAGGGUGAAUUCUGCAUUCUUUUGCGAAUCAUAGUAUUAUUAGAUGUACAGUAGGUAAAAGAAAAAUGAAAAAUCGGUUGGCAGUUAUAUUCGAUGCGUUGCAAAUUCUUAUUUCCAACAACACAAUUCAUGCACAGCCAAAUAUCAUUUUCAUGGCGGCAUGAAAUAUGGACUUUUUAAAGGAAAUGCACAUGGUAUUUUGGUCAUAAAAAUAUCUCUUCAGUGAAUGAAGGCUUAACUAUAAUAAGGAGUAAAUUGAGGAAAGUGCUGACUAAAAAUUAGAAUAGUCAAUUGGAAAAGUUCCUAAUAUUGUACGUAAUUACUGGAAACAAUGGAAGAUUAGUUCUCUUCUCUUCUUCAUGCACAAUUUUCCCAUGUUCUACUUUAAGUGCCAAAGCUAAAGCCGUGAACCACUAAGUUUUGCACAAAAUCAAUGUGCUCAUCUAGUCGUAACUUUUUUGUCGUUACUUGUAUCAGUACCCCAUGUUUUUUUAGGGUUUUGUAUUUAUGCCACAAACUGUUAGAUAUCUUCCAAAGACUAACAUGUACAGAAGCCAUUUAAAGCACUCAGUCAACAAAUGACAUGAUUUCUCAGCCCAGAUGUUUGGAUGCGAGAGGAUUUUUUUUUUUUUUGUGAUCUGAUAUCCUUAGGGAGAACUAAAGCGUAGGCCCAAGUGAUGCUGAAACUUUUUUUUUCUUCUUGAUAGAAGUUACUCUUGUAGAUAAAUGUUCCUAUACCCUCCCCUGUGAUGACUCGGCAUCAAGUGCUGUAGCCCGAUAUGAUAGUAUUUUGACUUAAUCAAAAGAACCCAGGUUAUGAAACAUAUCAAGUGACAUUCCAUUUUCACCCUUGUAAGUAUUUUCUCAUUUUAAAAUGCAUUUUCCCGUCUAUUUUAUUAUUUUUUACUUCUACAUAAGUUAAUUCCAAUGUAAACUUUGGACAACAUGACAUUCAUCACAAAUGAAAACCUGAUAUCAUUAGUUAUGGUAUUAGUGCAUGUAUGACAUGCUUUUUAAUAUAUGGUAUUUUUCUUUCUCCAGAUUCUUUGUAAAAAAACAGGAAAAGUAAUAAAUUUGCUUACAUAUAAAAUCUUUACAUACUG